AAACACUCACUGAAAUCUUUCGUUUUUUUUUCCCUCUCCAAGAACUCCGGUGAUUUUCAAAUAUUGCUGAUACCCAGAAGGGAAAGAUGAGUAUUCUCCAAUACCCAGAUGCGUUUAGAGCGCCGGAGCUCCAGAUUUGGGAAAAUGCCGCCUUUGACAAUGGGGAGUCGGAGGAUUCCAGCGCGAUCAAGGGUUCCUGGUGUAAUGUUGAAGCUGUCUUGCUGAAUCGCUCGCUUGAAUCUGAUGGCAGUAAAGAAAAUCAAAGCCCUGAGUCACAGAAAUCCCUUUUUUCUCUCAAAUCUUCCACGCCCUUCAAGUCUCUUUGCCCAAAUAAUGCGAUCGGAAACUUGGAGAAGCCGUCGAAGCGUGUUAUUGAGUCACGACCGGCGAAGUCGAAGACUGUAGUUGGGAAAGAUGAAGAUAAAAAGCGUGAUGAGAGGAAAAUUGAUAUGGAGAUCGAAGAGAUUGAGAAGGAGAUCAGUCGGUUGUCAACCAAACUCGAGGCUCUGCGUUUCGAGAAAGCUGAACAGACUGCAAGAAAUAUGACAAUGAAAGGAAGAAUUGUGCCGGCGAAGUUUAUGGAGCAUAAACAGAGUGUCAAGAAUUCCGAUGCGGUGAAAAGGUUUGAGGAUCCUCUGUUUUCGAAUUCCAGAACGAAAUUAAAUCGUAGGGGAGUCAGUUUAGGCCCAUCAGAGAUUUAUUCAGCAACGAAAUCCAGGCAAUCUAUGAAGCAAGAAUUCGCUACCCCUGUUCCGUCAACACAGAAUCGCCGGAAAUCAUGUUUUUUCAAGCUGCAGGAUAUUGAUGAAGGAAAGGUGACAAGAGAGAGAGGAAAGAGCUUGAGUCUUAGCCCGAAAUCACGCAGAACUGUGUCAAAGGUUCAGGCUGCAAAGCAAGCGGCAACAACGGUGGGAUCCAAAAGGUCUAUGAAGAAGGAAGAUGGAGUUCUUGCUUCAAUUCAACCAAAGAAACUCUUCGGAGAAAAAUCAGCAUCAGUCAAAAAACCCCUGAAACCUGGCAGGAUCGUAGCGAGCCGGUAUAGUCAGAAUGUGACACAGAAUGAUGCCAGAAAGAGAUCUUUGCCGGACAAUGAUAAGGAAGAGAGAAGUCGGUGCGAAAAGAGACGGAUAUCUGGCGAAAAAGCUAGUAAUUCAUGCCAUACCAGAAAGAGCGAGAGCAGAAUGAAGAAGAGGUGGGAAAUUCCCACUGAAGUGGUGGUGUUCAAUGGUGAAGUGGAAGCCGAAUCUCCUCGCACUGAAACUAAGGUAGGUAGUUUACUACCGAAGAUUAGGACCCUCAGGUGUAUUGCAGAGAGUCCCCGUGACUCCGGUCCGGCAAAAAGGGUGGUGGAAUUGAUGGGAAAGAGAUCAUACUUCUGCAUUGAUGAGGAAACAGAGGUCUCUGUUUGUCAGUCUCUCAGUUUUGCUGAGGAAGAUGCUGAAGAAGAAUGUUGAUUGUUUGGCUUCUGGGAUUGCUAUAUGGAUUUCUAGAUUUGGAGCCAUAACUCUUGUUAUGGGGUUUAAGAAUGGUUUUUCCCUUUUUCCGUGAAUUGGCAUGUAAGUUCAUGAUUUUCAAUGUCUCUGUUAUGCAAUAAUAAGAAUGAUAAUGAUAA